AUGUCGAGUUGCCAAGUUCGACUGCAGGAGAGCAGUUUAACCGAGAUAGAGCCGAUUUUUAACCAAACACACGCGGAAUCACAAGGCGCAGCCAGCACUUCGCAUGAUAUCAGACUCACCGAGGAGUGCAAUAGCCUCCUGAAAAGCCGCCAGCCUCUGGCGAGCAGCGUUGAUGAAGCGUGUUCAGGAAGUGACAGAUUGAUGGUGAGACAGACUGCAAUGCUUUGCUACCUGGAAGCGGGUGCUAAACAGGCUCGUAUAAAAAUGGAUGGCAUUGGCGCAACAGACUUAUUCAUGAUCACCACGCCACGUGAGACCAAUAUCUUGCAUCCUCGCAGAAUUUCUCAGCUUGUCACGUCUGCCAGAUAUUGUAAUCUCCUGAUGUUCCCGAGCUGCGUCAGGUUAUUAAUGACAGCAACAGCUGAGUUAUGCUGCCACUCUACGCUCUCUGUCAACCCCGAUGCUUGGCAACCUGAAACUUGGCAUGUCCGCUCUGCUGCAUCCAAUCUGUAA